GGACCGAGGCAGUAGAGUACUACUCAGGAGCGCGCGGCACGCCGGUGGUGGAACGGGCAGUUGGUAAAAGAAAGUGUCGCUCCGCUGGUUUGAAUCCCUCAGGAGUCAGAAACCAUGGAAACCUGCAGGAAAGCAGUCUUGCUAUCGUCAUGGUUGUAAAACAGAUCUUCUAAAAGAAAGCCACCGUUGCGAGAUGUCACCCAUUGACCGGGCAGGACGGUAGAAGAAGGUAGAGACGUUUAGUUCACCUACAAUGACCGACCUGUCUUUAAGUAGUGCCUCGGCUUCGCGCUGAAACAGCCGCGUGCCUGUUGGUGAAGUACAGCGAGUGGAGGACGGAGGAGCUCGAUAGUUGACCGAGGAAACCGUUUCCCAACCAUCUUCUGCGCUUGAGCCGCCGGUGAAUGUUGGGCCAUGGAGGUAAAGAGGACGUUUCACACCGUGCUGGCACUGAUGUGGAUGCUUCUAGGUGACAGCCACAUAGUGGAGUUCCCCCGGCUGGAGAUGGAGGUGGUGAAGGGGAGGAUGGCGGUGCUGCAAGCCUGGUACAGCCCCACCGCCGACAUCGCCAAGAACUCCGUCGUCUGGCUCUUCAUGGGCAACGGGUCCAAGCAGGUGAUCAACUUCAGCUCGGGCGAGGUGGGCUACGGGGAGAACGAGUUCACGGGCCGCGUGGGCUUCAGCGCGGGCAUGCCCUCGGCAAACCUCUCCAUCUUCAUCAACAGCACCCAGGAGUCGGACUCGGGCCGCUACCUGUGCAGCGUCAUUGUCCCGGGACGGUCCGGCCUCUCGGGACAGAUGCACCUCAACGUCAAAGUGCCCCCCUCCCCCCCAGUGUGCUCCCUGGAAGGCGACCCGGUCCUCAACGGGAACGUGACCCUGGGCUGCCGGUCCAGCCAGGGCAAGCCGGAGCCCCAGUACAAGUGGACCAAGGCGGCCCCCACCUCAGAGAUCUUCUUCUCGCCCAUGCAGAAGUGGAGAGCCUGCCCAAAGCCUUUGCUUGUGCUUGGGUUCAUGGAUGAGCGCCACGGCACCCUGCGGCUCAGCAACCUGACCAAGGGGAUGUCGGGGAAGUACGUGUGCCGGGCCAGCAACACGGCGGGCUCCGACAGCUGCUCCGUCAGCCUGGACGUCAUCAGCGCUUCUAACACGGGCGUGAUCGCCGUGGCAACCCUGGGAUCGGUCGUGGGAUUGGUGGCCUUGGUGCUCUUCCUCAUCUUCAUCCUCAGAAGGACGCGGGACACGGAGGAGGAGAUAGCCAAUGAGAUCAAGGAGGACGCCCAGGCGCCCAAGCGCGUCUCGUGGGCCAAGAGCAACACGGGCUCCGACGCUGCGUCCAAGAACGGAACGCUGUCCUCCAUCGCCACCACGCCGCGGCCCAGGGACCCCCACCCGCCCGCCUUCCACUACCCCUACACCCCGGUGCCCACCUCCGACAGCGGCUCCGUGGUCCACGCCUACACGCUGCGGCCGGGGGACGCCGGCCCCCUGCAGGGCCUCCCGGGGUACAACGGCACCCCGUCGGGCAAGCUGAAGAGGCCGCCGCCGCCGCCGAGAGCCAACGGCGUGCCGCCGCACGCCCCCCGGAGCCCCGCCCCCCCCGAGCCUGCGCCCAACGACAGGACGGACAACGGGGCCCAGCCUCAGGUGCCCCACCCGGCCACGCCCACGCCCAAGACCGCCACCCUAACGCGCAAGGGCGGGAUCACCAUCACGGUGCCAGUGCAGAGCCAGGCGGGCUCGCUGGUGUAGAGAGACAAAGGCACAACAUGAGGGAUGGGUGGGGUUAGGGUGCAGACGCUGCCUUGGAUUGGAGGGGAGAGGAGGGGCGGGGCUUACGGUCUCGUCGGGAGGAGCUCGUCUCGCUGUUGGAUUCAGUUGCGUUCGACUUCGCAGAGACCGGAAGAACCACCGUUUGCGUCGAGUCGACUUUCAAGGCGUUUCUCAUUUGUUUUGUUUGUAUGUUUGUUUUGGGACGCCGCACUCAGCUGGAGCUGAGGUAUUAUUCAUUUAUAACCUUGUUAAGAGGACCUUCUGAGUUUAUUCCAAGCUUCUGCCUGUUGAGGUAAAAUUCCAAUUGUUACAAGAGUUGUGUUGAUUUAAGGUAUUCUCCGGUGAGCCAUAUAUACACGAUAGUUCUCAUGUGACUUACGGUAAUUUGAUGACGUGUUUUGCCAGAAGUGUAGUGAGAUUUUUAUACCUAUAUACAUAUAAACCAGGUGUGCUGAGUGAUGCUCCAAUGUUCUCAGGCGAACUGUCUCUUGUUCAGAGUACUUAAAUAAUGCAGCUGAAACUACAAUUCAGGUUUGUUCCAUCAUGUUGGUCCUCUUUGGAGAUCGAGCUACUUUGAUUCAGUUUAGGAGAACUACCUGUUCCUACCUUACGGCCCCCUUUCUGGAAUCAUCGUUUCAAUUCACGUUGAUUGGGUUCCCCCAUCGUUAGAGAAUAUAAAGUCGUUAUGCCCAUCAUGGUUAUUGGAAUGGAAAGGAGAUAUUUACAUAUUCAUUAUGUUGAGGCUGGUUGGAUAUUUUGUAAAUGCCAUUUGGAGCACUGGCCCCGUUUUGUUAAUAAAAAAAUUAUAUAUAUAUAUAGUUAUAGUUAUAGUUUCUUUCAAUGUUUUACCAAAAGUCAUCUUUUGUAUAUACAUUUUCUUCUUUGUAUAACAGAUAUUCUUUGGAACGGUGGGGAAAAUUAGUAU